UUUUGUAACAGCAAGAUAAUUUUUUUGAAAAAUUGUGGAUCAAGGCGUUAAAGAAUGCCAACUUAGCAAUUUUUUAAGAGGAUCGGGUAGAAAAUUUAUCUGGAAAAGAAUGGACCGUUCUUUCUAAGGGAGAGGAGUCUGGGUUAAACUCACUCAGCCCCGUUGCCGCGUCAGCCAUUACACCUUGCUGAGUCAAAGAUCUUUACGUCUAAAAGAAAGAAAAUAUACCUCUCUAGACACUUUUAGACCGAUAGCAGAGUGAAAAAACAUACGUAAGCUCGGUCCGUGUGCAUUUUGUGAACGAAAGUGAAUUAAAAGGCUCGUGAAACUGAGUACUUGACGAAUAAAGGAACAAAGGCGGAAGUAUUAGAUUCAUGGCUGAACAACAAGCUCCUCAGGAUGUGGAAAUGGCGAAUGACCCCUCAGAUACGCCACAAUCGCAGCCGAUAGCAGCAAACCAAGUACAGAAUGAAGCUGGUGGUUUUGUAUGGCAAGUGGAUGACUUAGUGCGGUUUCGACGCUUCCUCGUGCUUGGAAGUGAAGGCGGAACGUACUACGCGUCGCAGCAACAACUUGGGCAAGAGAACGCUCAAGCUUUAAUGCGACUUAUCGCCCAAGGUAGGGGACCCGAAGCCGUAAAAAUUAUAGUCGAAUACAGCACACAGGGUCGUACAGCCAAGCAAGACCCGAUAAUUCUAUCUUUGGCCUUGUGUGCUCGAUCGAAGCACAUGGAAACCAAACGCGCUGCUUAUGCCGCCCUCGGCGAAGUAUUGCGAAUUCCAACGCACCUCUUUAACUUCGUGGAGAUCUGCGAGACCCUAAGCAAACCAUCGACUGGCUGGGGAAGAGCACAUCGAAAAGCAAUUCAAAAGUGGUACAAUGGGAAGAAGCCACGCGGUCUUGCAAUGGCCGUAACCAAGUACAAACAGCGCAAUGGCUGGUCACACCGGGACCUGUUUAGACUUUGCCACGUAAAACCGACCGAUCCAGCUAUUCAAUUUGUUGUGAAAUAUGUGAUUAAAGGAUUUGAUGCUGUUAAAGAAGAUGCUGGGAAGGCUGGAGUUAGUCAGGAUGUUACCUCUGUGUACACCUUUUUAGAAGGGGUAGAACAAGCCAAGACAAUGAGUGAAGACGAGUUGGUCAGCGCCAUUCCAAGGCAUGGGCUGGUGAGGGAACAUAUUCCCACAAACCAUCUUAGCUCAAAAAAGAUCUGGGAAGCACUCCUUGAAAAAAUGCCUAUGACAGCCAUGAUCAGAAAUCUUGGGAAAAUGACGAAUGUUGGUGUAUUAGCCCCCUUGACGGAUGGAAUGACCAAAGUCUGUGAUAAGUUGAGGGAUGAGGAGAGCCUCAAGAGUGCUCGCGUUCACCCAUUCUCCAUCCUUCUGGCUCUGAAGCAGUAUCAAGCAGGUCAAGGAGACAAAGGGAAGCUUACAUGGCAACCAAAUCAAGCAAUUGUUUCAGCUUUGGAUGAAGCAUUUUACAUUGCAUUUAAGACUGUUCAACCCACCAACAAGAGAUAUCUUCUGGCUAUUGAUGUCAGUGGCUCCAUGUCUUGGGGGAACUGUAAUGGUACAACCAUCACCCCAAGGGUUGCAUCUGCUGCCAUGGCAAUGCUAACAGCCCGCACAGAGCCACAGUAUCAUUUUGUAGGCUUUUCACAUCGUUUGGUGCCUCUUAAUAUUAACUCCACUCAGAGACUUGACACAGUUUUAAGAACCAUUGAACAGGUUCCUAUGGGAGGUACUGACUGUGCACAGCCUAUGUUGUAUGCCAAGGAAAAUAACCUUAAGGUUGAUGUGUUUAUUAUUUACACCGACUGUGAAACAUGGGCAGGACCAGUGCAUCCCAGUGAGGCUCUCAAGCAAUACAGGGCUCAGUCUGGUAUUGAUGCUAAGCUCAUUGUCUGUGCAAUGACAUCCAGUGGAUUUACUUUGGCUGAUCCAGAUGACAGAGGAAUGCUCGACAUGGCUGGGUUUGACUCUGCUGCCCCCGACAUCAUCAGAGAGUUUGUGCUGGGUCUCUAAACACUAAUGUGUAGCCAGUCUUAUUGCCUCUAUAUUUAAUAAAACAUUUUAGAUUUAGACUUUUCAGGCCCACUUUCAACAUGGUACAGGCUAGUUUUAUUUUAAGCAAUGUACCUGUUUUGAACUGUUUUCUCAAGACUUUAGAUUGUACUACCAUAAUGGUAAAUACAUGUAAAGUUGUUUUUCAUAUGCAUUCAACAUAUCCAUGGAACUCGUAUACAUAAUUUGGUAUUGUAUGGUUUUUCCUUGUAUUAUAUUUGUUGGUACAAUUAGCAAUGAUCUGUGGUAACAAUGAUAGUCACCUUGAUCUUAAUCCCAAGAUCAAGAGCCUUUAUCUUAUAUUAACUCCCAUAUGUAGUCGAACACUUAAAUGCCACCAUUCCCUUUAGUGCUUAGUAAUGAGCACUAAACAAGGCUUUAUGAGAUUGUUAGUUAUUGGAAUCCCCUUGGAGUUACAGAGCUGCAGCUAAUUAAUAGCUUAUCUCACCUUUAGUGUUCUUUAUUUUUGCUUAGAAUAGGGCAUGAUGGUCGUGAAAUAAAGGAAAGAAAUUAACCCAAGUAAUGUUGAUAAGAAAAGUUGAUACUUUUUGUCUAUAUUUUCUCCCUUGUUGGGAAAUUUUAUAGCAAAUUAUUCUGUGACUAUUUUUAGGAUCACCUUAAGUUAAUGUUUAAAGGUAAUAGUACUUGUCAAGAGGAUUGAACAUUGCAUCAAAGUGAUGCAGCUGCUUUACAUUGAUUUUUUAACUAGUCACAAGAAUAUGGUGGUUAGAUCAGGAUAAUAACCUUUUUUUGGAUAUGUACGAGUAUUCUUGUUACCUGUUUGGUGGAUAAGUGUUGGAAAUAAAAUGAUUUCAUUUGUAAUUUGGUGUGAACAAGUACCUGUAGGGCUAGUGCAAUAUGUAGUCUUUGAAAACUUUCCAAGACAGUGCUUGCAGAGCCCUGCAACUUUGUAGUCCUCUCAUAUUCAUCAAGGGCACCUCAUCAAAAUUAUAUCAAGCAAUGAUUGAAUAAAAGCUUUGGAGAUUUUUGUUUUUACUGCAAGUCUUUAUUGACAACAACUUUAAAUUUUCUGGAUACAUUCAUCUGAAAUUGUACAAUUAUAAUUUCAAUUGCUAACAGAUUUUCUGUAAAUCAGUAACUCUCAAAAAUAAGUAAUGAAUAUCUCUCUUCCAAUGCAAAACAUUCACUUCUAUUUAGCUCAUUGCAUGUCAAUCCUCAAUAUCAAAUUACAUCAUGCAUGCACAUUUGUGGCUAGAAACAGUUAUUGCAGAUUUACUGGUAGCAAUUGUUGCUUAUAAGUUCUAUAUUAGUAGUUCACAAGUACUACUGAAUAACAUUGCAUGAUUUCCUAUUCAUGUCUCAGGAAUUAAAUGUGUCAAAAUACAACAAUAUUUGUGACAUCUA